CUUCCAUCGUCAUUCGUUGAACAUCUUCGCUGAUUGCUAAUUCUUUUGGUUUUUUCAUCUGUCGCUCUCAGUCAGUACUGGUUCUGAUUAGUGAAAAUCUUUGAAGAAGCUGUUUUUCAUCAAUAUUUUGGCUGCCUGCAGAUAACUGCCACUGGGAACACAACAUGGGCGGCCACGAUCAUCACCACGGACCUCCUUACAAAGUACCGGACGCUUCCAUCUACAAGGUGUCGGACGCUCCGGAACUGGUCCAGGUGGAGAAGGCACUAGCGCGCCGUGGUCUGAAGGAUCCUUGGCUAAGGAAUGAAGUUUGGCGUUACAAUGUCAAAGAAUGGUCAACCCAUCGGGUUCGGCUGGUGCGGUUUCUAUUUAAGGGAUUUCCGGUUGGAUUCGCCGCUUUCGUAGCCACUAUUGGAUUGGAGUACGCCCUCGGUGUCGAUUAUCACGCACAUGGUGGACACGGUGAUGACAAACAUGGCGGUCACUAAAGUCUAGAAGAAACGGUAGGGAUAUUAUUUCUUUCAUUUGAACUUGAAUAAAACAAACUGGUUUGAACGUUGUAAA